CAUCAGCUUUCAAUCGCACAUAAACAAUUCUCUUGUAAAAAGUACUUUUUGAUCGAAAAUUUGUUUGAUGAAAUCGAUGAUUCUGACUGUAUUCGGUUUCUUUCUGUAGACGUUUUCUACUUGAAGCAGCUUGGAUUCGUUCAAUUAUAUAUUCCAGAGACCGUCCAAAAUAAAGAUGGAACUGUAUAUAAGCACACCGAUUGAUAAGCAUACAAAACGACGAUUUUCGGAGGUAGCACAUGACAAUCGACUGAGUCGACGUUCCCUUAACCGACCGUUUGAAUGCAGCUAUUGUUCGCAAAGUUUCAAAGUUCAUAGUAAUUUGUUGUAUCACGAGCAAAUUCACAAAUGGAACCAACACAACCUGAAAGAUGAUGCCAAACCGUUCGAAUGUGCCAAAUGUGGUUUGAAAUUUUUUCAAAAAGUUGAAUUAGACCGUCACGGACUAGUCCAUUGGGAGCGAAAUCUUCAAAAAUGUAAAUGGUGUUCGAAGAAGUAUGAAGUUGAACAGCACCUUCAAUGGCAUGAGCGAAUUCAUCAAUGGAUUGACUCACUCGAUCAACCAUUUGAAUACGAUGAAUUUGGCGUUACAUGGCAAAGUGAAACUGGUGAUGAAUCGAUUGUUGUCGGUGAAGCGACAUUUUCGAACAGUCCAAAUUCAUCCAUUGGCAAUGAACCGACAAAAUCGAAUCCAAGAAAGAGAUCACAUUCACCUGUGUAUAAAAUCCAACCAAAAUUCGACUGUUUUGUGUGCAAACAACGUUUCACCAGCAAACAGAAUUUACAAAGCCAUAAAUUAAUUCAUGUAAACAAAACACUAUGCAGCUUUUGCGGCGAAACAUUCAGUGAAAAUGACAAAAAAAUCACACACGAAAUUACAGUUCACCCGCAGCCGAGUGUAAUGUUGAUGCCACUCGAAAAUGACAAUGAUCUAAAGAAUUUACUGAAUAAAAUGGGAAUCAAGGUAAAUGGGAAGGAUGACGUGAAAACAAUACGUCCAAAAAGACGUGUGAAAAUCACACAAAUGAUUCCAGUUUUAAAGAAGGCAAUUGGCAAGAGAAAAUUUACACAAAAACAAAUUUUGGUCAGAAGAAGUCAGAGAGGAGGGGGGAGAAUUAAGAGAAAAGAAACAAAACUGGUUUUUCAAAGGGAAGGCGUCGAAGAGAAAGUGAGAAUCAUGCCCGAGGAAAUUGACGACGAGUUAAAGGCUUUGUCGAAGGACAGUGUGGAUGGCACCAAUAGUUCCAUUGACACCGAUCACAUUAAUAGGCGUGGCGAAAUGUCAGGAAGUGACGGUGAUAGAACAGAGUCGAUGGAAUCCACCUCAUUUGUAAUUAACAGAGCUACUCAUAUGACGGAUGGUGGCACCAUGAAUAAACUCGGCGGUAAAAUAAAGAAUGGAAAUGGAAUUGAACGACAGAUCAUUCGUUCAAUUGAAAAUGAUACGGAGCUUGAUGCGGGGAACGGUACUGAGUUGAAGGCCGACAAGCUAAAUAACCCACCAGCUAGUGAAAAUAGUAUAUUAGUCGAAACUAAUCGUUACGGUGUCGAACGAACGGACGAUGCCACAGCUACCAAAGACGAUGGCACAGCACACAAAAGCAUUGAAACUUACAAACAUUUUAGUAACACAAACAAUGUCGAUGGUAAAGUAAAGAGCACAACCAAUGGAGGAUUGAAUGAAGAAAAUGCCAUAGAAUUUCAAGGAAUAUCGACGAGAAAAAAAUCAAUGGAGCUGUCACAGUCAUCAAAACGUAAAAUAGAGCCAAAACUUAACUGUAAGAGUAGGCGUACUGUUAAAAAAUUACAAAGAAUCAAACAAAAUGAUGUGAAAACAAUUAAAGACGAAGAAAAUUUGCUGGUUGCGCCAAUUGUGGAACAAAUUGAGAAUGAAGCGGUUACAACAAAAUCGAAAACCAACAGUGAUAUUUUGAAUGGGUCCGAUGUGCCGUCAUCUCAACAAUCGAACAAUAAUUUGUCAUCGUUCAAAAAUAAUGUUUGUCCAGACGUCGAUGGUGUGAAACAACAAGAAUUGAUUCAUAUUAAGGAAAAUUUACACGAUUGCCGGAAAACACGGUCUUGGCAGAACCAAUUCAAUCAAAUUGAACGGACGAAAUUCAAGGUUAACCAUAGCCCCACCAUCAAACUAUUUCGUAUACUGAAAAAUUAAAUGAAAAUAUUGUCAAUAAAAAAUUAUUACUUUUUU